AUUUGCAAUCAAUCAUGUUGAAUAUGGCUAUGGUGGUGAUCACAGCAACUCUUCUGAUCUUCCUCUUGUGCUCUCCCUCAGGAGCUAUAUUACUGAACAAGCUUCAGCUACCAUCACCAGUGACUGGACCGGAGUCACUUGCAUUCGAUAGAAACAACGGAGGACCAUAUGUUAGUUCCUCGGAUGGAAGAAUUUUCAAAUAUGUUGGUCCAAAUGAAGGAUUCAAAGAAUAUGCUUCCACUUCUCUAAACAGGAACAAGACAGUCUGUGAUGGGCUAGCAGACUUCUCAGCAGUCCAGGCAACAUGUGGACGACCUUUAGGAUUGGGUUUCAAUCAUCAGACAGGCGAUUUGUAUGUAGCCGAUGCUUAUUUUGGACUUGUUAAGGUUUCUCCUGAUGGAGGCAAUGUAACUCAAUUAGUUGGACCUGCACAAGGCAAUUCUACUAGGUUUACUAAUGGUUUGGAUGUAGAUCCUGACACUGGAAUGGUUUAUUUUACCGAAGCUAGCACUAACUUCCAGCUCAAAGAUUUCCAGACAUUGCUAAACAGCGGAGAUAAUUCAGGAAGCCUGCUGAAAUAUGAUCCAAGCACCAACCAAACGACGGUGUUGUUAAGUAAUCUUGCAGUGCCAUCUGGUGUAGCAGUUAGCAGAGACGGCUCAUUUGUUCUUGUUGGUGAAUAUCUGGCAAACAGAAUUCAAAGAGUGUGGCUGAAAGGACCAAGAGCGAAUUCGUCAGAACUAUUCAUGCUACUUCUUGGAAGACCAGAUAACAUCAAGAGAAAUUCAAGAGGACAGUUUUGGAUUUCAGUGAAUAGUUUUAUUGGGUCACCAAGAUCUCCAAGGCGUUCGAUUUUGCCUGCCGGAGUCAGAGUGACGGAGAAUGGUUUAAUUUUACAGGUUGUGUCUCUUGCAUCUGAGUAUGGUACUGAUGCAGCUAGUGAGGUUCAAGAGUAUAAUGGAACACUCUAUAGUGGCUCCCUGCUUGCUUCUUAUGCUACCAUUUUUACUCCUUAGAGUUUUGUACUCAUUGCUACCUUUGUAUGGCCAUAAAAAAAAAAUACAUCAAUUUA